AUGUUAAAGAGUUUGAUACGGAAGCAAUGCACGCAUAUUACUCUAUUUCCAGGGGUGUUAAAAGAAACGAGGUUAUUUAGGUCCUAUUCCACUCAAACCAAUGACACUAUUAGUAUAGAUGAUUUGCCCCAAAUUCAUCCAUUACUUUUGAAAAGAGCCGAAUCGAUGAAAGAUGAAUUUAAAAUUCUAGAAACAAAAAUAUCCGAAGGUUCCUUCGACCAGGAAACCAAUGUUAAGUUCUCAAAUAUAUCGGUUAUCUUGGACAAUUAUCAUAAAUAUCAACAUGAGAUUGAAAACCUUCAAUCUUUGUUAGAAAUUUUGCAUGAGGAAGAAGAUGCCGAAAUGGUACAUGAAGCAUCGAAUGAAUUAAAGGAAGUAAUACCAAAAGUAUUCAAUUUUACAAAAGUACUUCAAAGCAGACUUUUACCGCCAGUUACGCAUAGUGAUAGACCUGCCAUGUUGGAAUUAAGACCUGGAGUUGGGGGAUCUGAGGCUGCAUUGUUCGCUGGUGACUUAUUAAAUAUGUAUAUCAAUUUUGCCAAUCAUAUGAAAUGGAAAUGGACCAUGAUACUGGAAAGCCACGGUAAUAAUGGUAGCGUGAAUGAAGCUAUAAUAAGUAUCGAUAAUCCUGGUGCAUAUAGCAUACUAAGACACGAAAGUGGUGUUCACAGAGUACAGAGAAUUCCUAGCACUGAAACUAAAGGUAGGAUACAUACUUCCACUGCAGCAGUUGUCGUAUUACCCAAAAUGUCGGAAGGUACUGAAUCGUCCUUGAAGGAUGAUGAAAGGCAAUUUCAACCUGGAGAAGUUAGAAUCGACACGAUGAGGGCAGGUGGGAAAGGAGGCCAGCAUGUCAACACAACUGACUCGGCUGUUCGUCUUACGCAUAUUCCAACGGGAAUUCAAGUUCAGCAACAAGAUGAAAGAUCUCAACCUAAGAAUAAGGCUAAAGCAUUUUCUAUUUUAAGAGCAAGGUUAGCUGCGUUAGAAAGAGAUAAGGAAAUAGCAGAACAAAGGAAAUUGAGAACUGAUCAGGUCACAACAACUGAUAGAUCUGACAAGAUUAGAACAUAUAACUAUCCUCAAAAUAGAGUCACUGAUCACAGAUGUGGAUUUUCUUUAUAUGAUAUUGAUGGGUGUAUGGAGGGCUAUAGACUCAAUGAAAUUGUUGAAAACGUUGAGCAACAUGAAUUCGAAGAAAGACUCGAAGAUCUAAUUGCAAAAAAUAAAUCUUAA